CAUCGAACCUCAACAAAAAAGUGUACAUACCACCAAGUAACCAGUAUUUCUUCAUAAUUACUCCACACUCUAUUCGACAGAAAACCCAAAAUGAAAGGACUUCUUGCUUUAUUCCUAGUGGCCCUGGCCGUGGCUAUCCCCUUGGGUCCCACUGGAGCGUCCGACACCCCUGAUCCGAAGGAAAUCCAGAUCGUCAGCGCAAGUUUCUCAGGAAGCGGUUGCCCCCAAGGCUCCGUUUCCACCACAAUCUCUCCAGACCGUACAGUCAUCACCUUUGGUUUCGACAAGUUCCAAACCUACAUCGGACCGGGACUCUCAGUUGCCGAACGCUCCAAGAACUGUGCUCUCCAUCUCAGUCUCAAGUAUCCAGGCGGUUUUCAGUUCGCUCUUGUGGACAGCACAUACCAUGGAUACGCUCAACUUGAGGAUGGGGUUACCGGAACAUUCUACUCGACGUACUUCUUCUCCCAAGACGCCGCAGCCACUACUACAACGCAGACCUCCAUCGCCGGAGGGGGUAUUUGGCUGGACGGCCAGGUCUAUACCAAGCAAGACACUAUUCCUACCGCGGCUCUCAUCUAUUCGCCUUGUGGUGCCACUGGCAUCCUCAACGUCAAUAAUCGAAUUGCUCUUACGUCCAAGAACCCACAGGCCUACGGCUCGAUCACCGACGAUGAUGCCACUGUAGCGUUUACCCAACAGAUCAAUAUCAAGUGGCUGCCUUGCAAGAAGUAGAGUAAAACUCGAAAGUCACUGUCUAGGAAAGCCAUCAGAAUGUUUCUGCUCGGCGACGAAAACAGUUAUCGCGCACCCCCUUUGUGAAGUCGGACAAUGGCAGGAGAAGUAUGAGAACGUGGAUGAGAUUGUUGUAUUGGCGAGGGGGGAAAUUUCGAAUUAUUUAAGCACAGAAACAGAUUUUGACCAACAAUUCCCCCCAUCAUUCGUCUGUCCGCCCCUUUUCGAUGUGCUGUUUUGAUCUUCUUCCGCCUUCAAUUCUAAGUUUAGAUCAACCAACAAAAUACAAGCUAGCCUUUCACGAUG